GUAUUAUGUGUUGUCUGGAAUUUAAUUUAUUAAAAUAUCACAAAAAUAAAAUACUGAUAAGAAAAGUGAUAAUAAAGUUUACCACAGAAUGAAAGAAUAUGAAAAUAUUGAAAUUGAAAAAGUGUGUCGAAUAUGUUUAACAAAAAAAGAUAAAAUGGACUUGAUUUGUGAAAUAGGUUUAGUUGACCUGCUUUUCGAGUGUGCUUCUAUAAAGGUAACUCCAGAAAAUGGGCUUUUUAGCCUCGUAUGUGAUCGGUGUGCCAAUGAUGUUAAUAGAUGGUACAUAUUUAGGCGACAAAUUAUAAGGGCAUUUGAAAUUGGUAAUAUUCUACUGGAAAAGAAAGCUAUGGUAUCAUUAAUAACCAAAGUGCCCUCAAAUCAAACUGAUCUUAAAAUGACUAAUAAAGCUUCACCUGGCUCUAUAUCAUAUAUUCUUCCUGAAAACGAACAUUUGGCAUGUGAUAAAAAUAGUUUUAAUUCUUUCAGCAAAGAUAAAAGUGGAGAAGCUACAUUUAGGAAUCUAAAAUGCGAAAUUUGUGAUAAAGAAUGUACUCCAACUAAUUAUAAUCGUUAUGUAACAUCACAUGACACAUCGAGACCACAUACCUGUGGUAAAUGCAGUAAGUCUUUUAAAACAUCUGGGGUAUUAUCAGAUCAUCUGAGAAGACACUACAAUGAUCGACGCUAUAGAUGUACAUUGUGUGGUCAGAAAUUUUAUGCCAAGACAAAUUUAGUUGAUCACGUGAGAUCACAUACUGGAGAAAAACCAUUUAAAUGUAACAUAUGUGAAAAAGCAUUUACAACCAAAGCUAUUUUAAGGCAACAUCAAAUUGUUCACACUAUUAGAGAAAAGAAAUUUGAGUGUGAUAUCUGUAAUAAACAUCUUUUAAGUGCAAGUAGUUUAGAAACUCACAAACGUAAACAUUCUGGAGUGAGACCAUUUGUAUGUUCUGCUUGUGAUAAAAGAUUCUUCACUAAAGAGGCUAUGCAACGCCAUUAUGGAGCCAUGCAUGACACAUACAAUAAUUUUUUAUGCAGUGUAUGUUCUAAAGUGUGCUCAACAAAGUUUCAUCUCAACAACCACAUGAAAAAGAAACAUUUGGAUCUUGGCAAACCAUCGAAUGCCCUUUGUUUACAAUGUGGCAAGCAGUGCGGCUCAGCUGCGGAAUUAAAAGUACACAUGAGAGUUCAUACUGGCGAACGACCUUAUGUUUGUCAUAUUUGUAAUAAAGGGUUUAUAGCAAAGGGGAACUUAAAUUCUCAUAUACGUCGACAUGUAGGUAAUAAACCAUUUUCAUGUAACCAUUGUGGAAAAGCUUUUGGAGAAAAAUCGACACUGAAAGUUCAUGAAAGGAUUCACACUGGUGAACAACCUUUCAAGUGUAAUUUUUGUGGAAGAUCGUACAUUCAAAGUAGUGCUUUACGAGCUCAUUUGAAACAACAUUGGACGCAGUUAAUAAAAAUAAUGCCACAAGAAUUUCAUGUUAUACUGUGUUACAGCUGCAAUGUAUUUCAGGUGGAUAUUGUUAAGAAGGUGCCAAAAUGGUCAUGCAAGAUGUGUGGUGAGAAACAAUCUGUUAAAAAGGUUUAUAGUAAGGGAAGUGCAAAAGAAUGUAGGUUGCAUGUUCAAGAGUUGAAUGAAAAAAGAGUAAGAUUAGAAACUGAAAUGUGUGAACAGUUGUCACACGAAUGCCCUUUAGAGAGUGAAAUGCAGAGAGAACAGUUAAAAACAGAUCACAAAGAAAAUAGUAAAUGGUUAGAGUUUUUGCAAAAUAAUGACACUAAUGAAGAAACUUUAUAUAAUGGGGCAGAAAAUUCCCAUAGUACAUAUAAGUCAAAGUCAAAUGAGUUAAUUUUUGAGAAUGUGUUAAAUGUGUUAAAUUUUAAAAACAAUUAUCCUAAUGCAAAUGAAAAUGAAAUGUUGAAGGGCAUAGAUCAACAUAUUUCAAAAAGAGAAAAGUCUAGGGAAGAAAGAGAGGAGUUGGAAAUGAAUAAUUCAAACUAUAAAAAGUUAAAAUCUGAUCUUAAUGAUCAAAAGAGUAAAGAUGUAUGUAGUGUUCAAUAUGAAAAUAUUUUUGCUUCUUCCAGUAACCAAGAUAUUGAUUCUUUAUUAGAAAUAUGAUUAAAAGAAAACACUGUAAAAUGAAAAUGUUUAUUUUAAGUGAAAAGUUUU